UCCUGACUAAACAGAGGUAUAGACAUAUUAGGCAAAUACAAUUUGCCUCUCCUUAUAUUCAAAACUCACCUUUUAUUAUUAUUUUUUCAAAUUGCAUUGCAGAGGGCAAUGUAUCCAAACUCAGAUUCUCAACCCUGCUAUUCUAGUGUAAAAACAGCCUAAGACAAUAGUCAACAGAUGCGUCUGGCUGUGUUCCCAUAAACCUUGAUUUGUAAAAACAGGUGGUCCAGGCCCUGGAGAGUCUGUUACUGACUCUUGAUUUAGAUGAUCAUAUGGCUUUUCUGCUCCAGUUCAGGGUUGGACACCUGGAGCCCAUGGAUUAACUCUGGCCCAGUGCCUGUUUUUGUUAAUAAAGUUUUAUUGGAACCUAGCACACCUAUUUUUUUGUUUUUUAAAUAUGGCUGUUUUUUGGUCACAUUGCUUGGCAUGUGGAACUUGCCCAUCCAGGGAUGGAACCCGUGCCCCCUGCAGUGGAAGCAUGGACUCAUAACCACUGGACCACCAGGGAAGUCCAAAAGUAUGACUGCUUUUGAGCUACAGUCGUAGAGUUGAGUAAUUACCACAGAAGCCAUGUACAUUACAUUUUCUGUCUUUUUUAACAUAGAAAUUAUGUAUGUUUUUAAAAGUUAUUAGUUUUAUUCUGACACCAGAGAUUACAAAUAAUAUACAGCCUUUAUUUGUCAAAGUAUUACUGUAAUUAGUACGUUUAUACUCUAUCUAUACAGAGAUCUUAGAACACUCAUUCAUUUACCCACCUCAUAAUUUAUAUGCUAUCAUGGUAAAUUUUAACUCUAUUUUUUUAAAUUAAAUUAAUUUAUUUAUUUAUUAAUUUUGCCUGCAUUGGAUCUUCAUUGCUACACGCAUACACGCGGGCUACACGCGGGCUUUCUCUAGUUGUGGCGAGUGGGGGCUACUCUUCCUGCGGUGCGUGGGCUUCUCACUGCGGUGGUUUCUCUUGUUGUGCAGCACAGGCUCUAGCCGUGUGAGCCCAGUAGUUGUGGCACACGGGCUCAGUAGUUGUGGUGCACAGGCUUAGUUGCUCCGCGGCAUGUGGGAUCUUCCCGGACCAGGGCUCGAACCUGUGUCCCAUUCAUUGGCAGGUGGAUUCUUAACCACAGUGCCACCAGGGAAGUGGUGGUUAACUGUCUAUAUUUUUAAAACCUCCUGAGAUAUGAUCAUUUUCCCAGCUGGUACUAAUUUAGACUUAACUGCUUAUUUACCAGUUUAGUUCCUUUUCAUUCCUUGGUCCUCUGCUAACAUUGGAGGACCCUUUCCUUUUGCUUGAAGAACAUGUGCAUUUGCUGUAUUACAGGUCUUCUGAUGAAGAAUUCUCCCUGGUUUUGCCUGAAAAUUUUUUUUUUAAUUGAAGUACAGUUGAUUUACAAUGUUGUGUUAGUUUCAGGUGUACAGCAAAGUGAUUCAGUUGUACGUACAUAUAUAUCUUUUUUUUUCAGAUUCUUUUCUCCUACAGUUUAUUACAAAAUAUUGAAUAUAGUUCCCUGUGCUAUACAGUACGUCCUUGUUGGUUAUCUGUUUUAUAUAUAGUAGUGUGUAUAUGAUAAUCCCAAACUCCUAAUUUAUCCUUCUCCCCCCCGACCCCUGAAAAUGUUUUUAUUUCAGUUUUAUUCCUAAAGGAUUUUUCGCUGAGUAUCCUUUAUAGGUUUAUGCUUAUAAUACUCUUAUCGAGGAUCAAGAAGUGGAUGGUAAUGAGAAAUUACGUGACGGUGCUUCUUAUUUGCUUAACAUGAUGUUCUUCAAAUUUGAGUGUGUGAACCCGGGGAUGUAAAAAGACUUCUGAAGAGCCCACAGGUGCUGGCUCCCCAGGAACAAGAGGGAUCAAAGGAAAGAAGGAGGAAAAGACUCUGAGACUUAAGUACUGUCCGUUCUGGAGACAUCCUUGAUUGGAGACUGAGAUUUUUGAACAGAAAUCUACAGCUGAUCCAGAAGAGCUAAAGACAGCAUCCCAGUUUGCAGCCAUUUCCCAAAGUCAGAAGAAAAUGAUCCAGGCCCAGGAAUCCCUGACGUAUGAUGACGUGACUAUGAAGUUCACGUGGGAGGAGUGGCAGCUCCUGGACCCUGAUCAGAAGGACCUGUACCGGGAUGUGAUGCUGGAGAACUAUAGCAACCUGCUGUCCAUAGGGUAUCGAGCCAGCAAACCAGAUGCUCUCUCCAGGUUGGAACGAGGAGAACAACUGUGGCCAGUAGAAGAUGACAGCCAUGGUCGAAUCUGUCCAGAAAUCAGGAAAGUUGAUGACCCUCUGCAGCAUCACUUGCCAAAUCACAGCAUUCAAAAUAUUGUGGAACAAUGCUGCGAACAUAAUACACUUGCAAAUAUUGUUAAUCAGAGCGAAAGUCAUUUCCUGUUAAAGCAAAAUUGUGAUAUGUUUGACUUAUCUGAAAAACCUUUAAAUUCAAAUUUAAGUUUUGAAAACCAGAAGAGAACCUGUAACUUAGAGAACUCUGCUGAUUUUAAUGGAGAUGGGAAAUCCCUUCUCCAUGCUAACCACGAGCUAUCUUUUACUGAAAUUAAAUUUCCUGUAAGUGCAAAACCCAUCAGCAAUAACUCCCUGUCUACUAAGCAACAGAGAACUCACAACAUAGAGAAAGCCCAUGUAUGCAGUGAGUGUGGGAAAGCCUUCUUCAAGAUGUCUCAGCUCUUUGAUCAUCAGAGAGUUCAUACUAGAGAAAAACCUCAUGGAUGCAAUCUGUGUGGGAAAGCCUUCUCCAGAAAAUCCAGGCUCACUGAACAUCAGAGAACUCAUACAGGACUGAAACAUUAUGAGUGCACUGAAUGUGAUAAAACCUUCUUCGAGAAAUCGCAGUUCAACAUACAUCAGAAAAGUCAUAUGGGAGAGAAACCUUACACAUGUAGUGAAUGUGGGAAAGCAUUCACCAAAAAGUGUCGGCUCAUUUAUCAUCAGCGAACUCAUACGGGAGAGAAGCCCCAUGGAUGCAGUCUGUGUGGAAAAACCUUCUCUACAAAGUUCAGUCUCACUACACAUCAGAAAACUCAUACAGGAGAGAAACCUUACAUAUGCAAUGAAUGUGGAAAAGGAUUCAUCGAGAAGAGGCGGCUUAUUGCACACUGUCGAACUCAUACAGGUGAGAAACCCUUUAUAUGCAAUGUAUGUGGGAAAAGUUUCACCUUGAAGAACAGUCUUAUCACUCAUCAGCAAACUCACAGAGAAGAGAAACUGUAUAUGUGCAGUGAAUGUGGGAAAGGCUUUUCAAUAAAGCACUGCCUCAUUGUACAUCAGCGAACUCAUACUGGAGAGAAACCCUAUACAUGCAAUGAGUGUGGAAAAGGCUUCACCUUGAAGAGCCCUCUCAUCAGACAUCAGCGGACUCAUACAGGGGAGAAACCCUAUGUAUGUAGUGUGUGUGGAAAAGGCUUCACCAUGAAGAGUGAUCUUAUUGUACAUCAGCGAACUCAUACUGCAGAGAAACCCUAUGUAUGCAGUGACUGUGGGAAAGGCUUCACUGUGAAGAGCCGCCUGAUUGUACACCAGCGAACUCAUACAGGGGAGAAACCCUACGUGUGCAGUGAAUGCGGAAAAGGCUUUCCAGCCAAGAUCCGGCUGAUAGGACAUCAGCGAAUUCAUACAGGAGAGAAACCAUAUGUAUGCAGUGAAUGUGGUAAAGGCUUCACAGAGAAGAGUCAUCUCAAUGUACACCAGCGCACUCACACAGGAGAGAAACCUUAUGUAUGCAGUGAAUGUGGCAAAGGCUUAACUGGGAAAAGCAUGCUCAUCGCACAUCUGCGAACUCAUACUGGAGAGAAACCAUAUAUAUGCAAUGAAUGUGGCAAGGGCUUCACCAUGAAGAGUACUCUGGGUACACAUCAGCAAACUCACACUGCAGAGAAACAGUACAAAUGCAACGAGUGUGGUAAAGCCUUUAGGAAGAAGACAUGCCUCAUACAACAUCAGAGAGUUCACUCAGGAAAAACUUCCUUUGCAUGUACUGAAUGUGGAAAAUUCUCUUUGCGCAAAAAUGAUCUCAUUACCCAUCAGAGAAUUCACACAGGAGAGAAGCCACAUGAAUGCAGUGAAUGUGGGAAAACCUUCACCACAAAGUCAGGGCUCAAUGUUCAUCAAAGAAAACAUACAGGAGAGAGGCCCUAUGGAUGCAGCGAGUGUGGGAAAGCUUUUGCCCACUUGUCAAUCCUUGUUAAACAUAAGAGAAUUCACAGGUAGUCACUCUGGGGAAGCCUGUUGCCAGUUGUACUCAAGAUAAUAGUAUGCAGAGAAGAAUCACAAUGCAAAGAAUGUGGUGUUAUCUUUAGUGAUCAAUUACCUCAUAUUUUAUAUUGAUGAAAAAAUUUACAAGAAAACUCAGACACAAUCAGCCAUGGUGAAAAUGUUUUAGGACAUUUUAUUGUUUAAAAAUUGUAUACUAAGGGCUUUCCUGGUGGCGCAGUGGUUAAGAGUCCACCUGCCAAUGCAGGGAACAUGGGUUCGAGCCUUGGUCUGGGAGGAUCCCAAAUGCUGUGGAGCAACUAAGCCCGUGUACCACAACUACUGCGCCUGCAUUCUAGAGCCUGCGAGCCACAACUACUGAGCCCGCAUGCCUAGAGCCCAUGCUCCACAGCAAGAGAAGCCACCACAAUGAGAAGCCCAUGCACUGCAAUGAAGAGCAGCCCCCGCUCUCUGCAACUAGAGAAAGCCCACGCACAGCAACGAAGAUCCAACGCAGCCAAAAAUAAAUAAAAAUUUUUUAAAAA